AUGGAGGAACUUUUACAAGAGAUUUUCAAAGAAGCUACAGGGCCCAAGUUAUUGACGCUGAAGAAGUCAUGUCAGGAUGCAUUAGAGGUGCUGUGCGUCCAAGAAAGCAACGCCCGCCGUCCAUCGUACGAGCUGCGGCGGGUGUGCCUCCUGCCGCUUCAGAUCGCCCUCGAGACCAAGCGGCCCCGCCUCGUCACUUACGCUCUCCAGGGUUUCCAUAAAAUACUACGCGACGAUCGGUUUCAUAGAGGAAUUGAACCAGAAGACGAUUCAUUAUGGAUGCCAUCACAACUUCUAUGCGCUACGGCUUCAGUCAUGUAUCAUUCACCAGAUACACAGGUUCAAAUAUUCCGUAUGUACCUGUCGCUGGCGCUGUCGCCGAGGCGCACACUGAACGGGCGGCUGUGCGUGUGGGCUUGCGGGCGCUGCGGCGAGGCAGCAGGCGCGGCGCCGCAAGUUGCCGCAGCCGCUCGUGCCGCGGCCGCACAGGCGCUUAGAGCCUACUGCGCACAGCUAGAUGAAGAAUGUCAAGAGCUACUCUCAGAAGGUUCUCCAGUUGGCGGGAAUCAUAUCGUUGCAGUGGGAUGCUACAGUGAGGUGAUACCUGUCAUACAAUAUCUAUGUGGAAGACUGGCGGAAACACAACUGAUUCCGAAACAGAACCCUCUAGCGUUGUUCUUUCUGGACUGCUUGCUAACACUAAUGUCUAGUCUUUCUGAGCGCGUAUGCGGCAACUCUCAUUUCACAACGUUCCUGUGGCAGAAGUUUUGUCCGUCUCUCAUCUCCUUUCUUGGAACGCCGAGGGUCGAUAAGAACAUUAAGGCCAGGGAACAUGAAGGCCAUCUGAUUGACGAUUCUGGCAGGGGAUCAGGUGCUUUAGUAUGCGCUCCAAGUUUCAAUAGCAAGCAAGCAAAAGCUAUAUAUAGUAUAGCAAACCAACUCGUACGUUUGGUGGGAUCGAUAUCGAAUCUUCGACCAGUCCUGGAAGCGUUGUACCACAGGAUGUUACUGUACCCGCCCGUGUCGCAUCGCGUCGAACCUCUACGAAGUGUGAGGGAACUGAUACAGCAGCCGAAGAGAUUGUGCCAGUUGGUACUGUUGAAGAAAACUGACCAACCGGAGAGGCAUAGCGAUGAUAUGGCUAUUAUAAGAUUAAUAAUGGACGGAAUAGAAGAAUGUGGUCGCAGUGGUAAUCCAGAAGUAGUUGCAGCUGCAGUGGAAUGCGUUGUUUCUCUGCUUGAUGCUCUAGAGAAACUUUGUUCUGGGCCCAACGAUUAUUUGUCAUCCGACGUAGCUACGCUUAUACUGAAGCACUGGCCAAAGCUUCAAGACGCUGACUAUACGGGACCAUUAACUUAUCAAACUUUAGCUAGGCUACCCAGUCCAUACAGGGACGUAGUGGCUGUGUUGCAAAGCAGUGAAGAAAAGGAGCACGAUUCUUCGGAUACUUCGGGACCAGAGAAUUUAAGUUCUGGAAGCGACGGUGAAGUAGAUUCUGACGCAGACAAUGUAUUUUUACCGUCUCGAGCCAACGAUCCAUCACCAAAUAAAACCCAUAAUGAUCCAUUUAAUGAGAAAACUAAGGCCGUGCCGAAAACACUAAACCUCGGAAGAUGCACCAUAACCGAAUGUAAUGUGGACCUUGAAAGACACAAUGCUAGACAAUUUAUAAAGACCUUACAGAAUUCUCUAUUGCCAAAACUGAUACAUCUAAGGACUUGUAUAGAGGUGGACGAAGCGAUGCAAGAUUUCGCAUCAAAAUGUUGCCAGCACAACGCGUCGCAACCUCCGGCUACUGCGUGCAUAAUGAACGCCGACGGAGUCUACCUAGCCACUUACUCUGCACUUCUGCUCACAUUGAAGCAAAAACGCACAAUGUGUUACAAUGUGUCCAACCAAAAAGUUCAAGUUCCAAUGACCGAGGACGAGUUUGUAGAAGAAGUGCAGGGAAGCGGCGUCUUGGUAUACCUAUCAGCGACCUGGCUCCGCGAACUAUAUCAACAAGUUCUCGCAAACGAUUUACUAAAGGACGUGCCGACUUCCGAUCAUCCACUCAUACAUUUGCUAUCAGAUCUUGGCGGCUUAGACCAGAAUCCAGUUAUGUCCGAUUGGCAAAAGCUGAAGGAGGUGUCAAGACUAUAUAAUAACAACGAAGACUCGCCGCAACAUCAAGCCAGCCUACGAUGGGCACGAAGAAUACUAACUUGUAUUUGGGACUCCAUGGUUACCGUAUUGAGUGUGCCACUAACUGGAUACAGAAAUAAAAAGCACAAGUUGCAAGGCAUUAUCUCAACGAAGAUCAAUACGUUUGGCAAGAGAAAGCGGAUUGCUUGGGAAGGACUAACAACACAAUGUCUAGAAGGACUACACAAGGCUGCUAAGAUAAGUAACACAUUGAGCUUGCAAAGUCGCUGCAGCAGCAUAUUGGCGCUGCUGGCCAAUUCUGCCAUAUCGCAGCCGCCAAACGGGAAAAUUUUAGCGACGCAUGCCCUGUCCCUUGAUAUUUUAAUCACAGGUGGCUUAGAAUUAGGUUCGAAAGCCCCAGAAUGCUGGGAGCAUAUAUUCAGCGCGUGCCAUUACGUGUCCAGCUUCGAGCACUCGCUGUUCGGCCAGCAGGGUAACAACGCAACGCCCAUAGUUACGAUGCAGACAGGCAGGAACAAAACUGUCUCCAUAUUGCAGGCCGAUGCCAAGUUGGGGCUGGAUGGGAAAGACGACGAAACCUGCGUGGACGUGUUCAAUUUCUUGCAGCCAGUAAUGGAGAAUAAUUUAAACAACGACAUGUCUGCGGCAAAAAUUGUUGAAACUUGUCGGCAAGAGGGAGGCAACGUGAUAUCUGGGCCGGGAGCGGCGCGCGUUUGCUGCGCGCUCUCGGCAGCUGCGGACACGCUGUUCACUCGGCUGGCGGCCACCACCACGCUGCCCACACUACGCGCAGCCCUGCAACGGCUAGUCGCUCACCAACACCGGCUGCUGUUCUCGGCGUGGGAGCAGGAUGUGGCGAACAACAACGCGGCGUGGUGGCGGCGAGGGCGCGCGGGGGGUGCGGUGUACGCGGGGGGCGCGGCGGAGGCGGCGCGCGCGCUGUGCCGCGCCGGCGACGUGGCGCUGCGCUGCCUGCGCGCCGUGCGCCCGCUCGCGCACCGCAUGGCCAUCUGGACGGUGGUCGGCCCGCACUUCAUGCAGGCUGCAUGCCACAAGGAUAUUCAAAUAGCCAGUCUUGCCAUCCAGUGUUUACAUGACUGUGCAACUACACUGCUCAAUCAACAAGUGGAGCUUCCUCAUUUCCACUUUAACGAAGCGCUGCUAAAACCUUUUGAAAAUUUAUUGUGCCUAGAACUUUGCGAUGAUGAUAUACAGGAACAAAUUAUCUCUUGUAUAUGUGAGUUCGUUGAGACGAAUCGCAUGGAAAUUAGAUCUGGUUGGCGCCCACUUUUCAAUACUUUACGGGCCGCCAACAAUUCAAACCAGUAUUCAGCUAUUCUAGAAAUAUUUAAAGUUUUCCUCAAUACAGACAAUACGUUAGUCUUUGCUAAUGCUGCUCUCGAUUGUAUACUUUGCCUACUUAGUCAUAUUAAAGGACUUCAUUUUGAAGAAGUACAGGCAACGGAAGUUAAGCCAAAAAAGAUCACACCUCCGCAACCAAAACCUAGCCUGAGUCUAAAAUUUUCUAAAAAUAGUAAGUUUAUACCUCUCAAUGAAGAAAAAUCAGAAAAAGUUAUAAUAGACAUGUGUAGAGAAGCUCUGUUUCAUUUGGAAAGUUGUGCCGAAAUUCUAACUAUAAUGUAUAACAUGCCUAAAUGUCCUAUAUUUAACACCGGUAACAGAAUCAAAGGUGAUAUACCACUGUCUGUUGUAGAUCCCAUUAUACCUAGUUGCUCCCUUGAUGUUACUAAAUAUAUUACAAAUGACAAUUUUGAAGAAGAGUUAAUUUCGUACAAAAAACUAUCUACAACCUUGCAUUCAUCGAACACUACAAAUACAUGUCUCUUAAAACUAGAUAAACCAAGUAAUAUACUAAAAGUCUGGUACGUGCUUAUUGAGGGCCUGAUAUCAGCAACUGUGGUAUGUUCAAAGAAAAAUCAGCCAGCAGCAAUGGAAACACUAUUCAAAUUGUUGAAAAGUACGGUUGAUGUACCUGGAACACACUUUGGCCUUCAUUGUAUUAACCAUCUUCUUUUACCCACGCUACAAAAUUGGUUAAGGCAAAUUGCUAAUGUCAACACUCAUUGGGAUACGAUAAUGCCAAAUUUCAAGUUAUGUUGCGGGAUGACAACUGACACCAUUGUAAUAUUUGUGCAUAAUUUACAACAAAUCAACAUUGAACGGUCAACAAGCGAUGAAACUAACGACGGAAUUGAGAUUGAACCUAUAGAAAAUGCAGAGGCUACGUUCGCUUUAAAACAGAUAUUGUUGAUCUUAGUAGAAUGUAUAGCCCAACCACAAGAGCCCGUUGCCAGAUUGGGCGCAUCUUGUAUAAGACAUAUUAUACUUACAUCUGGGCAUUUAUUAACGGAUGAUCAAUGGGAAAUAGUUUGUACAAGUCUCCACCGAGCUUGCAACGUCAGCUUGAGUCCUUUAAAACAAAUAACGUACGCCUUCAAAGAAAAUUCGAAUAGUUUCUAUGGAGAUUUGGCUAUUGUUAAAGUAGCAGCAAGACGCGAUUGUUCAGUUAACGAUAAUGUGAGAUUACACGCAAUGGCUCAACAAGUAUUCCUUACUGAACAGCUAAGGGGAGAUAGUAAUGCAAAAGUGAAUGGAAAAAAUUCAAAUCAAAAUCAAAUGUUGAUAGAUGAUCGAAGUUAUAUAUUUCUUAUUUAUCUUCAAGAAUCCGUUAACUCACUUAACCCUGAAUUUUACACCGUGAGAAUACCUUACAGGGGACUAAUAGUAGGACUAUUAGCUCAUCAAAUAUUAAUACAGAUAAUUGCUACAGUUCUGAUACAAGCAUCUUCCGACGUAUUUCAGGGAAUAAAUAGUAUCCUGCUGGAAAGUUUAAAAAGUGGAUCCAAUGUAUGUAACUACAGAUUUUUCUUAAAUAACAAUAACAUCGAUUUGCUCUUGAAAAGCCUCGAAAUGUCAUAUAUGCGCGCUAUGCAGUUUGAUUUACGACCCGGCUUAAAAUUUUUAGUUCAGAAAGUUUCUAACUUGGACUAUGCUGCUAAUCUUUAUAAACAAACUUCUUCAUCGUGGUUAAUUAAAAUCAUAGCACUCACUGAAAUAUUCUUUAGUGGCGUUUAUAGAUAUAAGCUUAAACCCUCAGAUAUAUCAAUCAUUUUAAAUAAUUAUACAACCUCAUUUAAUUUAACUCUGGAUUACGACAGAUUUGUAAGAAAAUUAUUUGAUUUAAAAACUACUUGGGAAUUACUUUGUAAAAAUUUUGUCAAGAACACAAUCAACGGUACAGAUUUCGAUGAACCAAGUAUUUUUAAAGAUCGUUUAUCCUGUAGCUCCGUAGAAAGCGAAUCGUCUUCCAAUAAUUACGAACAAUAUUAUGCUGAAGAAAUGCCAGAUAUACCUGAACCAUCAACCAAUAAUUCAGACAAGGAAAAUUAUAAUGACGACAAUACAAAUGAAGCUAUUAAUACACCAAAACCAUUUACAUUUGCAGACUUUAAAGCCCACAGCAGUAAGUCUGUAAUUGAACCUGAAGACAAGGAAAAAGAAAAAUUUGAAUGCCACAAUGCUACAUCAGAUGAUGAAAUUAAUACUAUUCAAAGAGAUGAAGUUUGUAUCGAAAAUGCUAAAUCCGAUCUUAUCGAAGAAAUUACCUGUAAAUCGAUAAACAAUUCUGAAAUUGGUCAGAGUCCAUUAAAAAUUAAACUUGAUAGUAUAUCAAAUGUAAAUAGUAAUCAAAUAAACACACGGAAAGUCAACAUUACAAUAUGUGAUGCACCGAACUUCGAAAAGAAUAAAACUCCAGAGUCAAUCAUUCCUCCACAGCCUGUACCUCCGGAGAUCGAACAACAAAGAACGCUAAGCAUAAACAAAGAUAUGGACGUGCGACGAUCUUGCUUACAAAGUAUAUUAAUGGCAUACUUAGAACUUGUACUGACGUUUCCGUUGGAAAGAUUCCAACUUAUCAACCCUGUACUUAACAAUGGGUUUUUACAACUUGCCAAAACCGUGACUGAGCCUCAGCUAUUGGACAGAAUAAAUAUAUUUUUCGAUAAAAAGAAUUAA